AUGACUGAAACACAAACCAUCAGCCACCACCAAGCACCGACAACGAAGAGGCGCAAUGGGCACGCAGCGUCGCCGGGGAAUGGUGUUUUGGACACGGAGCUCAAAGCAAAGGAGGGUCGGGGGGCGAAAAUGCAGCUGGUUUGGAGAAAUAUCGUCCUAAUGUGCUUGUUACAUGUCGGGGCUGUGUAUGGAUUCACGCUCAUUACCUCUGCUCGGGCUCUUACGCUGGUUUGGACUGCUGUGUGUUAUGCCAUCAGUGGUCUGGGCAUAACCGCCGGAGCUCACAGACUAUGGAGCCACCGGACGUACAAGGCCUCGUUUCCGCUCAGAGUCUUCCUUGCCCUCGCUAACUCCAUGGCUUUUCAGAAUGACGUGUACGAGUGGGCCAGGGACCACCGCAGCCACCACAAGUACUCCGAGACUGACGCAGACCCCCACAACGCCACACAGGGCUUCUUCUUCUCCCAUGUGGGCUGGCUGCUGGUCCGCAAGCACCCAGAGGUCGUCGCCAAGGGGAAGAAGCUGGACAUGUCCGACCUGGAGGCGGAUGCAGUGGUGAUGUUUCAGAGACGGCACUACCUCCUGUCCAUGCUGCUCAUGUGCUUCUUGGUGCCCACGCUGGUGCCCUGGUGGCUGUGGGGGGAGUCUCUGGAGGUGGCUUACUUGGUUCCCGGCCUCUUCAGAUACGCCCUGCAGCUGAACGCCACGUGGCUGGUGAACAGCGCCGCUCACAUGUGGGGAAACCGUCCAUACGACAUCCGCAUCAACCCCAGGGAGAACCGCUUUGUGUCCUUCAGCGCUUUGGGCGAGGGCUUCCACAACUACCACCACACCUUCCCCUUUGACUACAGCACCAGUGAGUUUGGCUGGAGGCUGAACCCCACCACAGCCUUCAUAGACCUCAUGUGUGCACUGGGCCUGGCCUCUGAGCGCAAGAAGGCCACCCCAGAGAUGGUCCUGGCCCGUAUGCAGCGUACCGGCAAAGACCCCAACACCGGAACCAGCACCGGGAGCAAGAGUGGCUGA